AUGAGAACAGAGAUUUCCAUCUCUGCAAGCUCCCGCUUGCCCACGCGGAGACAAGAGAAAGAAGGGAAUGGUGUUUUGAAGACUAUCUUCCCCAUCAGAAAACUUCCACAGAAGCUCAAACUGGAGGCAACGCUGGACCUGGCCGAGCGGCGACGCAUCCGCUCGGCCAUCAGGGAACUGCAGCGACAGGAGCUGGAGCGGGACGAGGAGGCGCUGGCAUCCAAGCGCUUCCGCCCAGAACGUGGCAGCCACCGACAGGACGACAAGGAGAACUGGCCACGCGUCGAGCCCCUGGCUGCAGCCAGGAGUGGGGAGAGCAGCCAGCAGGAUGAUGCAGAGCAGCCGGUGCUGACUGGGCCGGAGGAGAGUGCCUGUGGGGGGGCUGCAGAGCGACCCCCUGCCCAGGAGCACAAAGGCUCAGCGGCAGAAACCUUCAUCCCCCUGUCCCCCUCCCCAUGCUGGUUGUUCGUGCUGGCCCUCGAGGGGCCAGGGCUCGCUCUGGAGCGAUGGCGGGAGCUCUCUGGCUGGGGGAAGGAUGAGCUGGCCCACAAGCGAGAUAACGUGGUGGAACAGGAGCACGUCCCAGCUGAGAUGCAGGAGCUGCGCAGCCGGCAGGCAGGAGACUCCCAGAAACCUAGCGUCCAGGAGGUAACCCUGGGGCUGCGGAGCACCCCCAUCCGCAUCACCACUGUCCCCAGCAGCAGCAGCAUCUGCAGCAUCAGCAGCAAUGUCGCGAAGCCAGUGGAGCCAGAGGUGGUGGAGCAGCCCCAGGCACUGAGGCUGGAGCCAGAGCUGCCCAAUGGCAUGGAGAAGGUCCAAGUGAGGGAGCUGGAGAGAAAGAGCAAGCUAAACAUCGAGGAGCUGAACAGGAUUGAGGAUGAGGAUACUCUGGAUAAGAUGCUGGAUCGGACAACAGACUUUGAGGAGCGGCGACUGAUCCGGAAUGCCAUGCGGGAGCUGCGCCAGCGCAAGCGAGGCCACACCAUGGAGACCACCGCCACGCAGAGCACCCAGCUAGCUGAUGGCUCGGCACACAGCACCAUCACCAAGACCGAGCGUCUCGUCCAGUCUAGCGAUGGCACCAAGACCUCCCGUACCACAACCAUGGAGUCGAGCUACGUGAAGAGAUCGGACAGUGGCAACAGCACGUUUGUUCAAACCAAGUCAUCCUACAGCUCCUCUUCCAAGAAGACAGGCAGCAUCUUCGACCGUGAAGACGAGAGUGCCUCCAGGCAGAGCAGCCUGGCCGCGCUGGAGCGGCGCCAGGCUGAGAAGAAGAAGGAGUUGAUGAAAGCUCAGAGCCUGCCCAAGACAUCAGCCUCGCAGGCUCGCAAGGCCAUGAUGGAGAAGCUGCAGAAGGAGGGUGGGAGCUCGCCAAACCCUGCGGCGGCACGCACCACUGUGCAGCGCUCCUCCAGCUUCGGCGUGCCCAAUGCCAACAGCAUCAAACAGAUGUUGCUGGACUGGUGCAGGGCCAAGACCCGGGGCUACGAGCACGUGGACAUCCAGAACUUCUCAUCCAGCUGGAGUGACGGCAUGGCCUUCUGUGCCUUGGUCCACAACUUCUUCCCUGAGGCAUUUGACUACAGCCAGCUGACACCCCAGAACCGCCGCCACAACUUCGAGGUGGCCUUCUCCUCCGCAGAGAAGCACGCGGACUGUCCGCAGUUGCUGGACGUGGAGGACAUGGUCCGGAUGCGCGAGCCAGAUUGGAAGUGUGUGUACACAUACAUUCAGGAAUUCUAUCGCUGCCUGGUCCAGAAGGGGCUGGUAAAAACCAAAAAGUCGUAG